AGUUAAUUGGACUUCCUGUAUUUUUGUCCCUGAAGAAAUUUGAGCUGCUGUGAGACAUUCCACUACAAUAAUGGCAGAACAUCUAGCUCUGCAUUCGGUUAGGACCAUGGCUGUCCGUAUGCUACUUCGGCCUACCACAGCCAGUUUGAACAUACGGAGAAUGGCAGGAGGAAAUGCUACUGCUUCUGUAUCGCCUGGGCACCUAAGGACUAAGGCUGACCUCUCUGAGCUCUCUCUUUCCACAAUAAUGUACAGGAUGAUUUUUCAAGGGUUUUACAAUCGCAUGCAUGAGCUACAGCUGUAUGAAAAACAACUAAAUGGCCCCAUGUACAAAGUAAAAACUGGCAACAUGAUUACUAUUUGUAUAAGUAGUGGGGAACUGCUGGAGGAACUGUUGAGAAAAGAUAUGAAGUUCCCAUGUAGAGGAGACAUGAGCAUGUGGACUGAAUAUCGAGAGUUGAAGGACUUAGGUUAUGGCCCUUUCACUGUAGAAGGAGAAAAGUGGUACAAACUCCGAUCUAUGCUGAAUAAACGAAUGCUUCAUCCAAAGGAUGCAAUGAAGUAUGAGAAUGUGGUUAAUGAAGUGGUCACAGAUUUUAUCAAAAGGAUAUGCUAUCUAUGCAAGAUGAGUUCCACUGGAGACCUGGUACCCAACAUGUCCAAUGAGCUGUACCGUUUCAGUCUAGAAGGAAUCUCCCGCAUACUGUUUGAGACUCGGAUUGGCUGUCUAGAAGAAGAGAUUCCAGCUGAGACUCAAAACUUCAUCAACUCCAUUGCCCAGAUGUUUACUUAUAAUCUGCCUGUGUCCCUGCUUCCCAAGUGGACACGCAAUUAUUUGCCAUUCUGGCACCGCUUCGUGGGUGGUUGGGAUGGAAUCUUCAAAUUCGCCUGCAAGCUAAUUGACAGAAAGAUGGAGGAUAUUCAGAUGCGCCUGGAUGCAGGUCAGGAAGCUGAAGGAGGGUAUCUCAGCUACUUGCUCUCCAACACCAACAUGACCAAAAAAGAUGUGUAUGGGAGCAUUACUGAACUGCUCCUGGCAGGAGUGGACACAACAUCCAACACUAUGAUGUGGGCCUUGUACCUGCUCUCACGGCAUCCAAAGACACAGGACACACUGUAUCAAGAAGUGACCAGCAUUGUAAAUGGGGACAAAAUUCCUACGACUCAAGACAUAAACAGCAUGCCUUACCUCAAAGCUGUCAUCAAGGAGACUCUAAGAAUGUACCCAGUUGUUCCCACAAAUGGACGUAUUUUGUCAGGAAGUGAGGUGGUAAUUGGAGGACACGUCUUCCCUAAAAAGACCUCGUUUGUGAUCCACCAUUAUGCGAUCAGUCAUGAUGAGACAGUAUUCCCUGAACCAAGAAUCUUCAAGCCUGAACGCUGGUUACGGGAUGGGAGGGAAAGAUCUAACCCAUUCGGCUCCAUCCCUUUUGGGUUUGGAGUCAGAGGGUGUGUUGGUAAACGUAUCGCUGAACUGGAGAUGCACCUGGCUCUGGCAAGGAUGAUAAAGCUGUUUGAAGUGAAGCCGGAUCCCAGCAUAGGAGAGGUCAAAGUUCUUAAUCGCAUUGUGCUUGUGGCAGACCGACAAGUCAAUUUUCGUUUUCUGGAGCGGAAAGAUACACAUGCUUACAGUCAGGAUUAUUAACUUUGGCCAGGCUUUGUGACAGGAGGAGUCCACCUGCUCUCUCCAAAGCCCAUUCCUCCAAGGACAAUUUGUCAAAAGUGCAAUGUGCAAUGGUAUAACAGUUUCAAGAUUUCUGAUUCCAGAACGCUGAUUGAAUUUGUAGAAUGAUCAUAAGUAUGCCACUGCUUCUUUGGCUCAAUAGUCUGCACCUAUAACAAUGCAUUUUUAAGAUACUUUUAAGCAAAUUACAGUCACAGCUAAACACUGACAAUGAUUUGCACUGUGCCUCUGCUCGGGUUAUAGCUAUCAGAAUGUUAAAAAAAUUAAUUAUAGCAAAUAUUUUUGGAAAAAACAUUGAAAAUAAGUAGCCAUGAAUACUGAAUAUGUAACCACUAAAUAAACCAUUAUAAGCAAUUGUA